UUUAAACUUAAAGGCGGGGUGGUCCGUGUCCUGCGGUUCGUCCGCCGUGGAGGUCCUCCGCCGGUUCCCUGGGAUCUGGCUUGAUAGGAUGGCGGAGGAAGGAGCUGUCGCCGUCUGCGUGCGGGUCCGGCCGCUCAACAGCAGAGAAGAAGCUCUUGGAGAAGCUACCCAAGUUUAUUGGAAAACUGACAAUAAUGCUAUUUAUCAAGUGGAUGGGAGUAAAUCCUUCAAUUUUGAUCGUGUCUUUCAUAGCAAUGAAACUACUAAAAAUGUUUAUGAAGAAAUAGCAGUACCGAUCAUAGAUUCUGCCAUACAAGGCUACAAUGGUACUGUAUUUGCCUAUGGGCAGACAGCUUCAGGAAAAACAUAUACUAUGAUGGGUUCAGAUGAUUAUUUGGGGGUAAUACCCAGGGCAAUUCAUGACAUUUUUCAAAAAAUUAAGAAGUUUCCUGAUAGGGAAUUUCUCUUACGUGUGUCUUAUAUGGAGAUAUACAAUGAAACUAUUACAGACUUACUCUGUAACACUCAAAAAAUGAAGCCUUUAAUAAUUCGGGAAGACGUCAAUAGGAAUGUGUAUGUGUCUGAUCUCACAGAAGAAGUUGUUUAUACACCAGAAAUGGCUUUGAAGUGGAUCACAAAGGGAGAAAAGAAUAGACAUUAUGGAAUUACAAAAAUGAAUCAAAGAAGCAGCCGUUCUCAUACCAUUUUUAGGAUGAUUUUGGAAAGCAGAGAAAAAGGUGAACCUUCUAAUUGUGAAGGAUCUGUCAAGGUGUCCCAUUUGAAUUUGGUUGAUCUUGCAGGCAGUGAAAGAGCUGCUCAAACAGGCACUGAAGGCAUGCGACUCAAGGAAGGCUGUAAUAUAAAUCGAAGUUUAUUUAUUUUGGGACAAGUGAUCAAGAAACUUAGUGAUGGACAAAUUGGUGGUUUCAUAAAUUAUCGAGAUAGCAAAUUAACACGAAUUCUCCAGAAUUCCUUGGGAGGAAAUGCCAAAACACGUAUUAUCUGCACAAUUACUCCAGUGUCUUUUGAUGAAACCCUUAGUACUCUCCAGUUUGCCAGCACUGCUAAAUAUAUGAAGAAUACCCCUUAUGUUAAUGAGGUAUCAAGCGAUGAAGCUCUCCUGAAGAGAUAUAGAAAAGAAAUAAUAGAUCUUAAAAAACAAUUAGAGGAGGUUUCUUUAGAGACUCGGGCCCAGGCAAUGGAAAAAGACCAACUGGCCCAACUUUUGGAAGAAAAAGAUUUACUUCAAAAAGUACAGAUUGAGAAAAUUCAAAACUUAACGCGAAUGCUGGUCACCUCUUCUUCCCUCACAUCACAACAGGAAUUAAAGGCUAAAAUAAAACGAAGAGUCACUUGGUGCCCUGGCAAAAUUAACAAAAUGAAGGACUCAAACUACGUAAAUGAAUUUAAUAUGCCAGCGAAUAUAACAAUGAAGAGACAUAAGGCUGCUGUAACUAUAGUAGGAGAAAUUGAUGAAUCUGUUUGUUCAGAAGCUGAUGUUUUCAGUAACACUCUUGAUGCAGUCACUGAGAUAGAGUGGAAUCCAGCAACGAAGCUACUAAGUCAGGAAAACUUAGAAAGUGAGUUGAAUUCACUUCGUGCUAGCUAUGAUAAUCUGGUAUUAGACUAUGAAAAACUGAGACGAGAAAAUGAAGAAAUGGAAUUGAAGCUAAAAGAAAAGGAUGAUUUGGAUGAAUUUGAGGCUCUAGAAAGAAAAGCAGAAAAAGAUCAAGAGAUGCAACUAAUUCAUGAAAUUUCGAACUUAAAGAAUUUAGUUAAGCAUGCAGAAGUGUAUAAUCAAGAUCUUGAGAAUGAACUCAGUUCAAAAGUAGAUCUUCUUAGAGAGAAGGAAGAACAGAUUAAAGAGCUACAGAAAUACAUAGAGUCUCAGAAGUCAGAAAGUAUGAAAAUGGACUUGUCAUACUCAUUGGAAAACACUAAUGACCUUAAACAAAUGAAACAGUCUUUGGUUGAUGCUGAAACAGUAGCCCUGGAUUCCAAAAGAGAAUCAGCCUUUCUUAGAAGUGAAAAUCUGGAGCUGAAAGAGAAAAUGAAAGAACUUGAAAGUACAUGCAAGCAAAUGGAAAAUGAUAAUCAGGUAUAUCAAAGCCAGUUGGAGGCAAAAGAGAAAAUGAAAGUCGAUCUAAUGAAAGAAUUACAAUCUUCUUAUAAUGAAAUAACGAAACUCACCUCCCUUAUAGAUGGCAAAGUUCCAAAAGAUUUACUCUGUAAUUUGGAAUUGGAAAGAAAAAUUACAAAUCUCCAGAAAGAACUGAACAAAGAAAUUGAAGUAAAUGAAGCUUUGCACAAAGAAGUUAAUUUGCUCUCAGAAUUGAAAUCUUUACCCUCAGAAGUAGAAAUGCUAAGGAAAGAGAUAAAUGAUAAAUCUGAAGAGCUAUAUCUAAUAACAUCAGAAAAAGACAAAUUGUUUUCUGACGUAGUUUAUAAGGAGAGUAGAAUUCAAGAUUUACUUAAAGAUAUUGAGAAAGCUAAAGAUGACCUAGCAACUAUCCAGAUGAAUUAUAAAAGCACUGAACAAGAAUUCCAGGAUUUUAAAAAUCAUCAUAUUGAAUUUGAGCAAAAGUAUAACAUGGUCCUUGAGGAGAAUGCAAGAAUAAAUCAGGAAAUAGAAAACCUCUGUAAAGAAACUCAAAAACUUGGUUUAACUUUGGAUGCUUUAAAGGUGGAGCUUUCUCAUAAAAUCCAGGAACUUCAACAGAAAACCACUGAGAGUCAAGAAUGGUUAAACGAAGUGGAAAAGCUGAAGGAACAAUUAGAAAGUAGAGAUUCCAGGUUGCAAACUGUAGAAAGGGAAAAAACAUUGAUUACUGAGAAGCUUCAACAAACCUUAGAAGAAGUAAGAACCUUAACUCAAGAAAAAGAUGACCUAAAACAACUCCAGGAGAGCCUGCAAAUUGAGAGAGACCAACUCCAAAGUGACAUUCAGGAUACUGUAAACAUGAACAUAGACACCCAAGAACAAUUACGAAAUGCUCUUGAGUCUUUGAAGCAACACCAAGAAACUAUUAACACACUGAAAAUGAAAAAUUCUGAGGAAACUUCCAAGACUUUGCACGUAGAGGAAAACAUAGGAGAAAUUAAGGAUGAAUUUCAGGAAGAGAUGGUUGGCAUAGAUAAAAAACAGAAUUUGGAAGGCAAAAAAACCCAAGCACUGAUUGCAGAUGGUGAGGAUAACGAGCUAAUUGAGCAACAGAAAAAGAUACUUUCUUUAAUACAGGAGAAAAAUGAACUACAACAAAUGUUAGAGAGUAUUACAGCAGAAAAGGAACAAUUGAAGACUGACCUAAGGGAAAAUAUUGAAAUGACUAUUGAAAAUCAGGAAGAAUUAAGAAUUCUUGGAGAUGAACUUAAAAAGCAGCAGGAGAUAGUUGCACAAGAAAAGAACCAUACCAUAAAGAAAGAAAAAGAAAUCUCUAAGACCUGUGAAAAACUGGCAGAAGUUGAAGAGAAGCUAAAGGAAAAGAGCCAAGAACUUCAAGAAAAACAGCAACAACUUCUUAGUGUACAAGAAGAGAUGAGUGAUAUGCAAAAAAAGAUGAAUGAAAUGGAGAAUUUACAGAAUAAAUUGAAGAAUCAAGAAUUAACAUUAGAACAUCUGGAAACAGAGAAGCUAGAGUUGGUUCAGAAACUUCAUGAAAAUUAUGAGGAAAUGAAAUCCAUAACCAAAGAAAGGAAUGAUCUAAAGGAAUUACAAGUGUCAUUUGAAACAGAGAGAAAUAAACUUAAAGGAUACAUAAGAGAAAUUGAAGUUACAGAUAUAGAAACGAAAGAAGAACUAAAACUUGCUCGUAUGCAUCUAAAAGAACACCAAGAAACUAUUGAAGAACUGAGAAGAAGCGUUUCUGAAAAGACAGCUCAAAUAAUAAAUAAUCAGAAGGGCCUAGAAAAAUCCAAUACUGAAUUACAAGAAAAGAUCCCAGUGCUUCAGGAGGAAGAGGAGCUACUUCCUAAUACGAAAGAAGUCAGCCGUACUCAGGGAACAAUGGGUGGAUUGGAACUACUGAAAGAACAAUCCAAAACCGACAAUUCAACACUGGCAAGUAUAGAAAUGGAAAGGCUCAGGUUAACUGAAAAACUUCAAGAAAGUCAGGAAGAAAUAAAAUCUCUCACUAAGGAAAGAGACAAUCUUAAAAUGACAAAAGAAACACUUCAAGUUGAACAUGACCAGCUGAAAGAAGACCUUAGAGAAACUUUGGCUAAAAUCCAAGAGGCUCAAAAUAAACAAGAGCAGUCCUUCAGUAUGAAGGAAAAAGAUAAUGAGACCAAGAAAAUAAAGAGCGAGAUGGAGCAAUUAAAGGAACAACUCAAAGCUAAAGAGUCAGCACUGCUACGACUAGAAAUGGAAAAGCUCAACUUGUCUGAGAGACUUCAAGAAAGUCAUGAGGAAAUGAACUCUGUAACUAAGGAGAGAAAUGACCUACAUAGGCUGCAAGAGGUUCUUCAAGCUAAAAGCGACCAACUCAAAGAAAACAUGAGAGAAAUCACAGCUAAACACCUACAAACCGAAGAAGAACUUAAAGUUGCUCAUUGUCACCUGAAAGAACAAGAAGAAACUAUUGAUAAGCUGAGAGUGAAUCUUUCAGAGAAAGAAACUGAGCUAUCAAACUUUCGAAAAGAUUUGGAAAAAGCCAAUGAUGAAUUACAGAGAAAGGUGCAUGAGCUUCAUGAAAAACAAAAGCAAUUUAUAUGCAUCAAAGAAAUCAGUGAAACUCAGGAAAAAAUGAGUGAACUAGAACAAUUAAAAGAACAACUCAAAGGCAAAGAUUCAUCACUAGAAAAUAUCGAAAGCGAGAAACUCAAGUUAACUGAGAGACUUCAGAAGAGUCAAGAAGAAAUAAAAAUUAUAAUUAAGGAACGAGAUGAACUGAAAAGGGUACUAGAAGACCUUCAAAUGGAAAGAGACCAACUCAAAGAAAACAUUAAAGAAAUUUUAGCUGAAAGACAGAAAAUCACAGAGGAACUAAAAACUACUUACACUCUUCUGAAAGAGUAUCAAGAAACUAUGAGUACAAGGAAUAUUUCAGAGACGACAGAUCAAGGAGCAAAUACUUGGAGAGAUUUAGAAAAUUCAGAUUCUGAAUUAAGGGAAAAGAUUCAAGACUUUCAGGGAAAAGAACAUCACCUUCUUAAGAUGAAAGCUAUAAGUGAUAGUCAGGAAAAAAUCUGUGACAUGGAAUCCUUGAAGAAGCAACUUGAAACCCAAAAGUCAACUCUGGAAAAUAUAGAAAUGGAGAACGUGAGGUUAACUCAGAGACUCCAUGCAAACCUUGAAGAAAUGAGAUCUGUUACAAAAGAAAGAGAUGACCUUAGGCAUGUGGAGGAGACUCUCAAAGUAGAGAGAGACCAGCUAAAGGAAAACCUAGGAGAAACUAUAAUUAGAGACAUGGAAAAACAAGAGGAGCUAAGAAUUACUCACAUGCAUCUGAAAGAGUACCAGGAAACUAUUGAUGAACUCAGAGAAAUUGUUUCAGAGAAAACAGAUGAAAUAUCAAAUAUGCAAAUGGAUUUAGAAAACAAAAAUACUGCCUUAAAAGCAAAGAUCCAAGAACUUCAGGAGAAAGAACAUCAACUUCUUAAGGUAAAAAACGAUCUCAGGGAAAAUAUGUAUCAAACAGAGCAAUUGAAGAAGCAGUUGGAGGCCCGAAAUUCAGCCCUGGAAAGUAUAGAAACAGAGAAGUUACAGUUGACUCAGAAACUUCAAGAAAACCUCGAAGAAAUAAAAUGUAUUACUAAGGAAAGAGAUGGCCUAAGAAGAAUGGAGGGAACCCUCAAAGUGGAGCGAGACCAGUUCAGGGAAAGCCUCAGAGAAACAGAAGCUAAGAUCCAAGAACUUAAGGAAAAUGAACAUCAAUUUUUUAAGUUGAAAGAAGAUGGCAAUGAGACACAGAAAAAAAUGUCUGAAAUAGAGCGAUUGAAGAAACAAUUGAAAGCCCAGAGUUUAACUCUGGAUAAAAUAGAAAUGGAGAACUUAAAUUUGGCUCAGAAACUUCAUGAAAACCUUGAAGAAAUGAAAUCUGUAAUGAAAGAAAGAGAUAAUCUAAGGAAAGCGGAAGAGAUUCUCAAACUGGAGAGAGACCAACUCAAGGCAAACCUACAAGAAAUUGUAGCUAGAGAUCUGGAAACACAACAGAAACUAAAAAUUGCUCGUAUGCAUUUAAAAGAGCACCAAGAAACUAUUGAUAAAUUCAGAGAGAGAUUUUCAGAAAAAACAACUCAGAUUUCAAAUAUUCAAAAGGAUUUAAGUAAAUCAAAAGCUGAAUUAGAGAAAAAGAUGCAAGAACUUCAGAAAAAAGAGCUUCAACUUCUUAAAAUGAAAGAAGGUGUCAAUAAAAUUCAUAAAAAAAUGAAUGAAAUGGAACGAUUGAAAAAGCAAUUUGAGGCUCAAAACUUAUCUAUGCAAAGUGUGGAAAUGGAUAACUUACACUUGGCUAUGAAACUUCAUGAAAGCCUUGAAGAAAUAAGAAUUGUAGCUAAGGAAAGAGAUGAGCUAAGGAGGAUAAAAGAGUCUCUCAAAACGGAAAGAGACCAAUUCAGAAAAACCUUAAGAGAAAUAAUAGCUAGAGACCAACAGAACCACAAAGAGGUAGUACAAUAUGAAAAAAAGGUACUGUGUGAUGGAAAACAGCACCUUAUAGAAAGCCUGAGAGAAAAGUGCUUUAGGAUAAAAGAGCUUCUGAAGAAAUACUCAGAGAUGAAUGAUCAUUAUGAGUUCUUACAUGGAUUGUCUUUUGACUUGGAGAAGGAGAUUGAAAUCCAGAAAGAGCUUUCAAUUAAAAUAAAAGCAAACCUCUCACUUCCACAUCAACAGAACAAACACAUUCAGAAACUUCUCACUGUAAACCAAAGGUGUUCCAUGGAAUUCCAUAGAGUCAUGAAGAAACUUAAGUAUGUGUUAAGCCAUGUUAUAAUGACAAAGGAAGAACAACAUGAUUCCAUCAAUAAAUUUGAAAUGCUUUUGAUUGAUGAAGUGGAAAAGCAAAGUGAACUGCUAGUUAAAAUUCAGCAUCUUCCACAAGAUUAUGAUGUACCAUCCAGAGAAUUAAGGGACCUCAAACUGAGCCAGAAGAUGGAUCUACAUAUUGAGGAAAUUCUCAAAGAUUUUUCAGAAAGUGACUUCCACAGCAUAAAGACUGAAUUUCAACAAGUACUAAGUAAUCGGAAAGAAAUGACUCAGUUUUUGGAAGAGUGGUUGAAUACUCAUUUUGAUAUAGAAAAGCUUAAAAGUGGCAUCCAGAAAGAAAAUGAUAGGAUUUGUCAAGUGAAUAACUUCUAUAAUAACAAAAUAAUUGCUAUAAUGAAUGAAUCAACAGAGUUUGAGGAAAGAAAUGCUACCCUAGCUAAAGAAUGGGAAUGUGACCUGAAAUUAAUAAGAGAGAAAAAUGAAAAACUAUUUACAAACUACCAAACUUUGAAGCUCUCUCAGACAUCUGGUGCCCUUGCUAAUCCUACUACACAAGAUGAUAAGAAUCUUCAUGUUAUAUCAAGAGCCACACAACUAACCACAGAGAAAAUUCAAGAGCUGCAAACUUCACUACUUGAAGCCAAAGAAAGUGCCUUGCGUAAGGAUGCCAAGAUUAUAACGAUGCAGAGAGAACUUGACAUGACUAAUGACAUAAUAGCAAAACUUCAAGCUCAAGUUAAUGAAUCAAAUAAACGCCUUGAGAAAACAAAAGAAAUGAUCCAAGUACUUGAGGAUAAAGUUGCUAUAGGAGCUAAACCUUAUAAAGAAGAAAUUGAAGAUCUCAAAACAAAGCUGGUGAAAAUAGACCUAGAAAAGAUGAAAAGUGCCAAGGAGUUUGAAAAGGAAAUUGCUUCCACAAAAGCCGCUGUAGAGUAUCAAAAAGAAGUUAUAAGGUUAUUGAGAGAAAAUCUUAGAAGAAGUCAACAGGCCCAAGAUACCUCAAUGAUAUCAGAAAAUACUGAUCCUCAACCUUCAAAUAAACCCCUAACCUGUGGAGGUGGCAGUGGCAUUGUGCAAAGCACAAAAGCUCUUAUUUUGAAAAGUGAAUAUGUACGACUAGAAAAGGAAAUUUCUAAGUUAAAGCAGCAAAAUGAACAGCUAAUAAAGCAAAAGAAUGAACUAUUAAGCAAUAAUCAUCGUCUUUCCAAUGAGGUCAAAACAUGGAAGGAGAGAACCCUUAAAAGAGAGGUUCACAAAGAAGUAACUUGUGAGAAUUCUCCAAAGUCUUCUAAAGGGACUGGAACAGCUUCUAAAAAGAAACAACAUAUGGCUUCUCCAUGCGAAGAACAGAAUUUACAAGAUCCUGUGCCAAAGGAAUCACCAAAAUCUUGGUUUUUUGACAACCGAUCAAAGUCUUUACCAGCACCUCAUCCAGUUCGCUAUUUUGAUAACUCAGGCUUAGGCCUUUGCCUGGAAGAACAAACUGGUGGAACAGAGAAUGUAGAUCCUCACUCAGAAGCCCAGCAGGCCUUCUCAGGAAAAGAUGUGCCCGAAUGCAAGAUUCAGUAGACCACUCAAUAUUCUGUCACUUCUCUGGGGCCCCAUGUUCCUUAGUUAUUACUUUAUGUGUCUGACCCUGGCAAUGAUGUCACAAUCCAACUUAAUUUCAAUUCCCUUUUCACUUUGCCACUAGAAUUGGAAGGUGAAAGGACAGGAGAUUAAUGCAUUCCAGUAAUUUAGAAUGGUGACAGCAAUAUCAUCUUCCUGAAUAUGGUAAUACUUCAGAAGUUGAAUUGUCUUAUUUAUUUUGUAAAGAAUAAAGUUAUUGAAGGAAAUUUUUAAUAUAAAAUGUAUCCAUUUUUAUUACUGUAAAAUUAUCUACAUAUGACUUAGGUAAUUCCAAAACAUAAUACAUAGUUUAAUAUAAUCACUUAACAAAAUUGUAAAUGCCUUUUUUACUACCUUGAACAUUCAAUAAAUGUUUAAUUAGUACUGAG